AUGACAUACGCUGAUUGUUCCAGCAUCGACGACAUGAUCCAUCACAUACUCCAUGGCGACUUCGUGGCUGGCUUGAUCUCUGGCCUGCCAGAGCUGCACCUCGAGCAGUACCUGAAUCUAUCCUCUUCGACUGUGGUCUCGCUCCGAUCGAUGUUCAUGGCGCCCGUCCACUCAACCGAGAUAGUGCACGGGACCACGGAGCCCUCCAAGUCCUCGCAGGACCUCUCGCUGGCCGUGGACGCGGCCAUCGUGCGGCUGCAGGCUGAUGGCAAGGACAAGGAGGCCAAGCUGAACAACAUGCCCUUUGAGUUCACCGUCAUUCACACGUGCAGGACUGACGACCCGAGCGUGUUCAUCACCCCGAAUUCUGCUGCGGCCACUGGUCUGUUGCGAACGGCUUUGGACGACAAGAGCCUGAAAGUAGGCGCCUCUGGGACCCUACGACUGGGGCGGCAAUGA